UGUCAAUAUCCGGUGGCACUAGGUUCGCAGUUCCGUUUGGCAACAACACAGAGAAAUUCUCAUUCUAACAACACCCGCUGUUGCUCCUAGGACCUAGAUAUGAACCAAGACAUCACUUGAGGAGUAAUUUCUGAUUUGGAAAAUAGUAAAUAUUCAACAGAUAUGUCUGAUAACGAGGAUGUAGAAAUACUGUUGUCAUCUGAGAGGGAGCUUCAUGGAGUGGGUGAAGGUGAUGGCCCAGUUGCUAUGGAGAUGCAGGUCCCAAUGGGAACUGGUAUGCAACAGACAGGAGGGCAGGAAUCAAGCAAAACAACAGGCAUAGUUGUUUUAGCUUCUGUCAUGGCAGCACUAGGAGGUGUUCUAUUUGGCUAUGAUAUUGGAAUUGUGGCUGGAGCCCUGCUUCAGUUGCAGAUUACCUUUAAUCUCAGUUGCUUACAAAAAGAGAUAAUCGUUAGCUCAAUGCUAAUUGGUGCUCUUGUAGGAUCACUUUGUGGUGGGUUCAUAGUAGACCAGUUUGGAAGACGCUUCGCUAUCAUCGUCAAUGCUGUCAUCUUUUUUGGCGGAGCAAUAAUUCUUGCAGUGGCUCGUUCGUAUGCUCUGCUGCUGUUUGGACGGCUUCUGGUGGGAUUUGCUGUCUCGUUAUCAGCCAUCGCCGAGUGCAUUUACAUCUCAGAGAUUUCUCCUGUGCAACGUCGGGGCUUGUUGGUGUCAUUGAACGAGCUCGGAAUCACCAUAGGCCUUCUUGUCGCCUACCUUGUCAACUAUCUGUUCAUGUCAGUAGAUAAUGGCUGGCGUUACAUGUUUGGGCUGUCAGCCCUGCCUGCUAUAUGUCAGGGAGUCGGCAUGUUGUGCCUUCCCCGCAGCCCUCGCUAUCUCAUGCUUCAUAAGGAGGAGCAGAGCGCCAGGGAGGUGCUCCAGAAGCUGCUGGCGACAGAAAGGGUGGACCAGGAGCUUGCCAAUAUCAGACUGUCGGUGUCAACAGAACAUGAUCACACAUUGUUUGACCUAUUUCGACCACUUGACAACAUGCGUGGGCGAAUGCUGAUAGGUGGUGGUCUGGUCUUCUUUCAACAGUUUACAGGGCAACCAAACGUACUGUACUAUGCUCCUAUCAUAUUCCAGUCAAUUGGCUUUCACAGUAACUCUGCAGCCACAUUGGCAACAGUAGGACUAGGUGUAGUUAAGGUUGUGUCAACCGUGGUGGCGCUAGUGUGCGUCGACCGCGCCGGUCGCCGCCGCUUCCUGCUCGCCGGCGCCACCUUGAUGAUGCUCAGCAUCGCGUGUCUCGGCAUUGUCACCCACGUCGGAGUCCACCUCGCCGCGCCAGACACCUGCCGCACGUCGCAGAACCUCUCCCCUCCCAACGAGACGCGGUUGAUGGACGGCUGGAGUGCGGCCGGCAACGUGCAGUCCAACUUAUCCGGCGGGUUGGUGGGUGCGGAUGCGAUGGCAUCCUUUGCCGUGGUGACGACAGACAGUGCGCCCGUGUCGUCAGGAUCGGGGAUAGCUAAAUACGUCUGCCUGAUUUCGCUGAUGACCUAUGUUUGUGCUUAUGCAUUUGGAUUUGGGCCAGUUACUUGGUUGAUCCUGAGUGAAAUCUUUCCUGCGGGGAUCAAAGGUCGUGCCAUUGCUACAGCAACCAUACUCAACUGGGGGACCAACCUUCUCGUAUCUUUAACAUUCCUUGAUGUACUAGGUGCCAUUGGUACAUCGUGGACAUUCAUUUCAUAUGGCUUCAUCUGCUUUGCAUCCAUCCUCUUCAUCUACGUGUUUGUGCCAGAGACAAAGAACAAAUCAUUGGAGAAAAUCUCCAAGGAGCUAAAUAACAGUUCGCCAACCCAGCGUAUAAUGGAGAGCUGUCCAUGUCUGAGGUGCGUUCGGGAGGGAACUGCCCUGCGUCUCCGACUGUCAGGCAGCUAUCAUGCAGUGGACGAGAGAACGACUAGUGUCCAAACAUAGAUCUCUAUGGUAGCUGUCAUGAGUGGAUGAGGGAAUGACCAGGGUCCAAACAUAGAUCUCUAUGGUAGCUGUCAUGAGUGGAUGAGGGAACGACUAGUGUCCAAACAUAGAUCUCUAUGGUAGCUGUCAUGAGUGGAUGAGGGAAUGACCAGGGUCCAAACAGAUCUCUAUGGUAGCUGUCAUGAGUGGGUGAGGGAAUGACCAGGGUCCAAACAUAGAUCUCUAUGGUAUCUUUCCUUUGUGGACGAGAGAAUGACCAGUGUUCAAACAUAGAAACAACUUCAUCGUUCACGGCUUGAUAAUCAACAGAUUUUUUAUUGAGUGUAACGUUGCUGGUGGAAUACUAGUUGUACCUUUGUGACUACAAGUGUACGAGUUAUCUAUAAAGGUUAAAAGGCGUGGGCGUUGUGCGCAUGGCGCACUGUGGACCAAUGAUGAAUUUGACAGCUUUCAUGUAUGUUGUAUGUAGAAAACAGUGUUUACACGGGAUCAUUAUACCACUUGUAGCUUGAUUUUCUGUAAAUACACAACAUGUACGGUAUUGCUGUUAGUAUUGUUGUUUAAUAACGUUGUUUAAUGGUUUAAUUCAAUUGACUUGGCAGUCGUCCAUGUUAUGUUAAGUGUAUUACUGGAAGGAGACAGGGGUGUUGUUAUAGUUAUCUAAAUUUAGGACAAAAAUUCAGACUGGGACCAGCCUAUCAUUGUGAUAACCUUUCGCCUUUGCCAGGUUAAGGAUGUAAAUCAUAUUUUGAAUCUGGUUGAACUGAUUCACGUUUGGUGUGUUGGUUAUUGUUAUUUAUGUAUUAAUAAGCAAACAGUUGUUCUCUAAUGUGCAGUAACUAAUUUUGAUGAGAAUCACGUUCCUUGUCGUAAUAAAAAAUUUUCUAUAUAUUUACAUCUAUUAUAUAAAUACAUGCUCUAUUUCCAGAGAAAUUCUCACUUGA